AUGUGUAGCAUACGCAGGUACACUCGGUGGGCACCUUUCGCCUGGGAGAAUCAAUAUACUGGACCGGCUAUUUGUGGGAGCAGGCGUAUCAUGAAGGACAAGGCUCUCCAAUUACCACUGCGCAACGACGUGGCUGAAACCUCCCUACGCGCUUCUAUAGUAUCGGCCCAAGCUUGGCAGAAGAUAUCAGUCGAGAGCGCAAGAUGA